UUGGUAUUUUCAACUCAUCAUCUCCAUGGGAAAGGAGGGCAAGACACUGAAGAGAUGCUCCACAUCCACCGAUGUUGAAGCAGAAGAUGGCAAGGGCACCAAGCCUUUGCAGAAAGCUGAGGGAGAGCUACUGACGGAUGUAAAUCCGAAGAAACGCAAGAAGAAAUCUAAGAGAAAGCAAACGAGUGAAGAUGAUUUGGAACCCAAGAAGAAGCUGGAAACACUCGAGAAGAAGGAGGAGAUGGUAAAAUUGAGGAAAUCUGUCGAAGAGAUGACUGAAACUAUGAAAAACCUGCAGGAGUUUCUCAUGGGAAAUACUGAUCUACCGGGGAUGUCAUUGAAGGAGAUGUUACUGACCAAGUCCCCUGAUACUUCAUCCAAGGAGGAAGAACCCCUAGAGAAAAAGGAGAAGUUGGCAACAUAUGAGUGCUGUUUUGAAACUGAAGAUUCAGAUGGAGGCCACGACGACUAUACUAUUUUAGCUAGGGGAUUGGAUACCCAUCGUGCCAGAGAUGAUAUGAAGAACGCAUUGAGGGAACAUUUCGAGUCAUUGGGAUGCCAAGUCAGCAGGGUUUUUGUUCCCAUAGAGUGUAAAACGGGUGCUCGCUUGGGAUUUGCUUUCAUUGAUGUGGAUGAGGGUGAUGUAGACAAGGCAUUAAGACAAGGUCCUGUGGGAGGUUGGUGUCUUACGCUGCGUGCAGAUCAAGAGGAAACCUACACAUUCCCCAACUUUAGAGGGUGUGAACAUUGUGGUACUUUUCUUUCGGAGCGCCGCAUGAAAAGAUUUCAAACUAGGGUCUGGCGGUGUUAGCCUCCACAACACUAUUGGUCCCUCUGCUACUUGUUUUAUAUAUCCUAUCACCAGAUGAAAGCUAGUUUUCUUAUUUUAUGUGUUAUCAGAAACUUAUAUUAUGACCUGUACGUACUAUUUAGUUGCAAAACUUCCGUUUUGAAUUUAUGCUUAAAUUUAUGAAAUCA